AUGCAGCUGCGACAGCUCAAAACAAAAUUUCAUGAUAUACAAACGUACUAUUUAUCACGAUCUUUACUAUUCCAUGGACACCUUCAGCAGCCGAUCACGGUGUUCACAUACGGCAAAACGACCACAUCGCUCAAUUCCGGAGUCUUGGCAUCGAAGUUAUUGGCUGCCUUGUCAACCGCGGUCAUGAGGGAAGGUGAAAAUGCCCAUUUGAGCAAGAACGACGUGGAAAAGCUUACAGCCCUAUUCACCAAGGAUACCAAGACCAAGGACGUUUUUCUACGUAUACUCAGCUUGUUCGAAACUGAUGCCUCCAUUCCUAUCAUCGGAAACUCAGUGCUGAAUUCUUUUGCCGAGGAGUUGGCCAACUCGUUGUCGCCGUAUAUCUCUACUGCAAACAAAAAAUAUGUCAUCCCUUCCCUAACCGACCAUCUAAAAUCCUACCAAUCGUCACACUUCAAAUCUCUAAGCACAGUAUAA